AAGACAUUUCACAAAUCUGAAUCGGAAAAGGCAAAUGAAGCAGCCAACGAGAAAUAGGAACCCCUAACUUACCGUAUAAAGAUCACAAGGGACUGUCCUUAUCAGGUGUUCAAUAUGUUAUACCAGAUUGACUACCAAUAUGUGGGUGACUUUUAUAAAGGAAACAGAAACAAAUAUAACAAUGGAGUUUCAUAAUGACAAAAAACUGAUAUUUUGGCUGGAUAUAAUGAACAAGCAAGGCUUCAAGAACAUUGAAAAAUGAUUGCAAAACAUUCAAACGAGUCACGAACAAUCGCAUAAAUCCCGGGUAUUACACCCUGAUAAAACAAAAUGAAACCCAAAGUUCGUCAACAACCAAACAAAAGAAGCUGCACAAAACUUUCAUAUUGUAGCAUUAUUUGGAUAUUGGUCAUAAUUGGAAUCAGUGCAAUUCAGAUUGAGAUGGGAAAUAAAAAUCGUAAAAGAACAGGUGUAACUAGGAAUAGAUUUCCAAUUGCUGAAUGGAAGCAUAUGAAACCUGGAAUUGACUUACUUCAAAAUAAAAUAAAUGAGCAAAAAAUUGUACUGAAAGACAUAGAGAAUGAAAUAAAAUUAAAAAAGAAGGUUGUGAGUAGUCUGGAUGUUGGACAUAAACCAGUGAAACCUACAAAAGUGAAGCCUCUUCGGAAAAGAAAAAGAAGCUAUUUCUCAACAAACACAGAUCACAUGCUUGGACUCUGUCAAUCACAGCAAUCAAAACGUAGACGGAAAACAGUAGAGCUUAUACAAGAUAUUCACGGAGAUAAGAAUGAAAAUGUGGAGUGUGGUUUGUUCAAUACAUGGAUCCAUACAAGUAGGAACAAAAAUAAAACAUUGUCAAAUUCAAGAGUAGUACAAAAGUAUUUGAAAAAGAAAACGCAUGAAGAAUCUGUACAAUAUGAAAAAUCAAUAUAUAACAAAAUACGUAGCAUGAAGGUGCUGUAUAAAGGUGGUCUUAUCAGCAGGGAAAAAUACUGCUCAAUUAGAAAAACUUUAAAGAAACCCAAACUUCUGGAAUAUAAAGCUCUGGUAAAAUUUCGAAAUAGCAUUUGUCCAGUAACAACAGAACCAAUUCCAGCAGUGAAUGGUAGAAAGGUGUCUAGUCUGGAAGAUUGUUUGUUAGUUUUGGCUAAUAUGUACAUAGGCAUUGAUAGAACUGUUGGUAAUGUGCUAGAAUGGUUUAAUGGUAAUAUUGGGGAGUUCCAUGUAACAAUAGGGGCCGAUGGGGCACCAUUUGGGAAGUGUGAUACAUCCACUGCUUUGUUGGUGGGGUUUGCCAAUUUGCCCCAUAAGGUACGUAGCUGUAGUCACAAUUAUAUUGUAUUUGGUGCAAAUUGUGCAGAAAGCCAUCCAGAAAUGAUGAAAUUGUAUUAUGCCAUUGGGGAAGAAAUGAAAGAAAUUGAAAAAUCGUCAUACGAAAUUGAUGGAUAUGAGUUUGACAUAAGUUUCAAAUUUUCAUUCUUUCCCAAUGACUCAAAAAUGAUUGCAUGUUUAGCUGGAGAACUCACUAAUAGUGCCACCUUUCCAACUACAUUCUACGAUGUUUCAAAGAACAAUAUUUCAAAGAUAGAUGGCACAAUUGGUGUUGAUUUUAAACCAUGGGACUAUGGCCAAAGACUAAAAGUAGUACAAGAAGUUGAGAAAUUGAAAAAGUCCAACAGUAAUAUUGCAAGGCAGAAAGUAACACAGUUUAUAGCCUCUAAGAAAUCCAGACAGGAAUUUAUUCCGCCAUUUGGUGCCUUUGUGUCUCGUGCACGCGUAGACCCCUUACAUUGUAAGAAUAACUCAUUUCAACAAUUGAAUGAAUGCAUUAUUACAGAAGCUUUGUCAAAUUCUCCCAAUGCAGUUCUGAACAAAGACAUAUCCAUUUCUCAACUUCCAAACUGCCAGAUUAAAAAGUAUUUCAAUGCUUUGGAAAAAAUUGGUGCUGGAAAACUGAAAUAUCGGCUGGAAAAAUGGUAUCUGGAAUGCAGAAAAAAGGGUCAACCUUUAAGUGUAAGGUUCACUGGUGAAGAUUGUCUCAAAUUUUGUAGAGGCUUCUGUGAUGUUAUACAGGCAGUUAUGCCAUCUUCUCUAUCAAAUAGCUCACUUUUCAAUGUAGCAAAGUUUACCUAUGCCUUUGUACAUCUUCGCAUUUGUGCUUCUCUUUUCUCCCGUGUUGAGAUUUCACAGAUUGAUGUAGAGAAUCUUGAAUACCAUGCGAGACUUUAUUUUAAUUGUGUUGCACUUUUCUUUGGAAAAAUUAGUCUAACACAAUGGCUUAUAGGCUAUGCUAUACCUAGACACACUGAAGAAAUAUAUGAGGAAUUUGGGUAUGGUCUUGGUCUUAAUUCAACCCAAGGUCGUGAGGCAAAACACCGUCAGAUCAAAAAGUACGUUGAGCAUUCAGUAAAAAGCAAAAGAUGGGAAACCUGUUUGAGGCAUGACUGGGUCGAAAAUGUCUGGCUCAAAUCUAAUGAUCUCAGUGGUGAAAACUAUAGCAAGAAUUCUGACAAAGCAUUAUGUAUAUAUCAUGAAGAUGAUAGCCAUUGCCUCUGUGGUAAUACUUUACCAUGUUCUAUAUGUAGUUCUGAUGUUUUUAAUCUUAUAGACACAUCAUGCAAAGAAGGUAAAGUGGUAGACUCAUUGAAAAACAUAUAAAAGGCCUACCGGUUUUUAAUCUGAUAGACACAAUUUCAGAUUAUCCUCCACUGAACUCAGGGGUCCAAACAUCAUACACAUCAUUCCUUCCUUCUUCCCCCUGCUAUCAGCUGGCUAGAAUACUAGAAUAAGGAAGGAAUGAAAUGUAUGAUGUCUGGACCCCUGCAUUCAUACUUCAGAGGAUGUAGAUUAUGCGAAGGUAAAGUGUCAGACUCAUAAACAUAUAGAAGGCCUGCCUGUAUAUAGACUGCAUUUUUCAAGACAAAGUUCAUGUUGCAAGUUCAUAGUUCAUGAUAAAUUAAGAUUUUGAUAUUUUUAUGAAAAUACAAUUGAUGGGGACACAAUACAUUUACAUGUACUUCCUGGUCAUUAGGUAUUUAAUUAAUAUAUGAAUUUGUCUUUACAUCGAGUCCUUCAAAAGACUUUGUUCAAAAAGUAUGUCAAUCAUUCAGUAAAGAUGAGAAACAUGUUUGGUGGCAUGCCUGGGUCGAAAAUGUCUGGCUCAAAUCUAAUGAUCUCACAUUAUCAGAUUAUGCAAAGAAGAUAUUUAGUGGUAGACUAUUGGAAAACAUAUAGAAGGCCUGCCUGUACAUAGACUGCAUUUUUCAAGAGAAAGUUCAUGUUUCUCUUUGUUCAUAGUUCAUGACAAAAUAAGAUUUCUAUAUUAUAAUUAAAAUACAAUUGUGGAGAACACAAUACAUUUACAUGUACUUCCUGGUAAUCACAUGUUUAUUGAUAUAUGAAUUUGUCUUUACAUGUACAGUUGUUCAAAAAACUUUCUGUUAGGGGUUGGGUCAAAAUAUCGAUGUGCGUCAAAAAAACGUAAUUAAUUUCAUUAGGUCUCAUUGAAUUGAAAUUCCCGUGAAAACCAAAAUUGCUGUCUAUCACCUAAUGAAAUCAAUGUUUGACCCCCUCCCCCUAACGAAAUUAA